AUGUCACGAGGCAACCUCUUCAUCAUCAGUCUGCUCGUGUUCACGACCAAGGCGACUACAGAGACAAGCGACCCCGAUGAUCCUCUGCAGCGAAACUCCAUGUUGCAGCUAAUAGAAAUCUGGCCCAACGCAACUGGGCCCCAUCCGGAGGGCGUGACGGCUUGUAUACCAAAACCAAGCGCAAUCGAUGGGAAUGUGUUAACUACGUAUGUCACUCCCCUUGACAUCACCCCAUGGUUCCGCGAGGUACAAGGGCCAUUGUGUGGGACCUUUAACUGUAGAACCAAUGGCCCCAUACUUUGCCCGGGUUGUCAGGUAGUGUCUUUCCCUGACCACACAAUCACAAGAGGAAAAAAAAUGGCAGCGUACUACUGGCCAACAGGUCCUGUAACAAAGAAAAAUAUCACAAGCUUAAACUGUAGGAGUUGGGGACUAGGGAGUCAUAAAGUAGAACCAAUUGACUGUCAUCGCAUUCCAUGGGGGGCACGAAAGUGGGGCACAGACGACGAUCGGGUCCAAACCUUGCCAUGGUCAGCACGGCAAUACUCACCUUCGUGGUUCUCGUUUCUCAAUAGUACCCCGAUGCGGAAAGGGGGAUGGGAUCCUAACAAAGGAGUAAAUUUGACAGAAUUUCAUGGUAAUCACCCACUGUUAAGUGCAUUUUUCCCCCUUAGACAAGCGGAAGUACGAUAUUUUGAAAGCCGUAAUUUGUCCCAUCCUUACUGCACACCCAGGGUACAAGCACUGUGGUGUAGACGACAUAAUUUGCCAAUGAACACACCCCGCGGUCUUAUGUGGGCGUGUGAUGACAGGCUACUAUAUACAGCUUUACCCGUUGAUUUCAACGGCACUUGUUUUAUAGCGAGCGUGGAACUGUGUCCACCUCUCGCCGCCAAUACAUCCAACCCGUAUACCCCAUGGGUUCGGCAUUCUGAUUCUAGACAGAGGCGCACUACAACCGUCUGGUCGAAAAUGACUUAUGGUGAGCGGGUGGCGAAACGAAUCGAAUGGCAAGUAGAAGGCCUGUUCGUAUGGUGGGUGGGAAUAAUGAAAGCCCGUGAAGCUGUUGUCCGCCUAGCUGAAGAGGCAGAAGUAGGGUUCAAUGCCACUAACGAAGCCUUAACCUUAAUGAAUAGACAAGUACAAGAAACAUCACGAAUGACCCUACAAAAUAGGCUUGCUUUAGACGCCAUGUUAGUGCAUAAUAAUGGGGGAGUAUGCAAGUAUCUAAACUUAUCCACCGAAUAUUGCUGUAUAUCUAUCCCGAAUGUUACAGUUCCUUUAAUGUCCCAACUCGAGUUAAUUCGAAAAGCGGCUAAAGGCGCUAACGCCAUAGCUAGUAUCAGUAAAGUCUGGCUUGCAGACCUCUUUUCAGGAUUUGGUUGGGACUUUUCUUCACUAGCCAUGCGUAUAAUUGCUCCGCUGUUAACCCCGUUAAUACCCUUAUUAGGCAUUUUGCUGUGUGUUUGUAUUGGUUGUUGUAUUUUGAAUGCAGUUAAACGUCGAGUAAUGACGCUGUUGACCUUCGUAUAUACCCAACUGUCUAAUGUAGAUGAAGGAGAAGUAGAACUUGAAGGUAUUUGAUCUGGCAUUUGGUCAAGGGGGCAUGUCUGAGUAGAAAAGGUGACCAAACGCUCAGCCCACAUGCCAGACCAAUGCAGAACACGAGAGCAGGUCAUGUUCAGCGUGUGAAGAGCUCAUGAUCAUGAGGCUGACCAGCUCGUGAUCAGACAGCCUUAACGAAUCAGGAGCUGCAGGAGAAGCGUGGCUGCCUGGCCAGCAGACACUCUCUCUUAACUGUAAAUCAGCAGCCUCCUCUGAUUGGCUGAAGAGUUUAUAAAAGGGACAGCACGCUAAAGUGCAGGGUCCUGGGUUCCACACAGGCCCUCGGAUAGGACUGAUCACCCUGUCCAAGAAUCCGUGUCCCCAUGGCCGAAUAGUCAUACGAAUAGUCAUACGAAUAGUCACACUCUGGCUAUUAUUUCACCGAAUAGUGAGCUCUCCAUCCGCACGUACAUCGGAAAAAGCAAUUGCUAUCUCCUACCUGUCAUCUUUAACUACUGCUUCACCACUGUCGUUUUGUUGUGUAACCACUGUUGAAAUCUUACUCUCCCCCAGCUGCAAACAUGUGGAGGAACUGGGGUGCAGCUGGCUCCCCAGCCUCCUCCUGACAGCCAUAGGCCAAUCCAGAGACCCAUCUGGAUGCAGGCCCCACUCCGUGCAUACCCACUUUGCUGCCAGGAAAAAGGUGAAGACACAAGGACAGGCAAUGCACCCAGUGGCAAGAGCCAGCCACUCCACCCAAAGACACCAAGGCACCAACAGGAGCUGCCUAGAAUGGCUGUGCAGGAAGUGGGCCUCAGCAGAAGCCCCCAGAACAGGGACCAGGCUGAAGCUAUAAUAAAGAAACGUGCAGGCCAGAGAGGCCUGGCACCCUGCCCACACCAGCAGGGCUUAGCAAGACCAAAGGACUGGCUGCGACCUGUCCUGCAGCCUCUUGCAUUCCAUGUAAUACUUGCUGCUCCAACCCCUGACAUCCUUCUGGUGGCUUGUAUGCCGAUAUGCUGGGGCAGCGCAUGUGCCAUGUAUAUACAUGUGGGGGACAGCAGUUGUGUACAUGUGUAUAUGUGCCUGUGAGCCCGCGCUACUGGCUGGCAUGUGUAUUCACACAUGUGAGGCUGUGUCCCCAGCAGGAGCUUGCUGCUCCCUGUACUGAUCCCCACCAUCCUUCUCUCCCACACAGAUCCAUCCUGAACCACCCAAGCACCAACAGGAGUUGCCCAGGCUGCCUGUCCUGGGAGUGGGCCUCAGCAGAAGCCCCCAGAGCCGGGACAAAGUGGAGGCUGCAGGAAAAAGACCUGUGAGCCAAAGAGACUCAGCUCCCUGCCCAUGCCAGCAGGACCUGGGACCACAGAAGAAUUGGUCGCACUCUGGCCUGCAGCCCUUUGCACGCCAGUUAAUUCUUGCUGCCCCACCACUGACACCUUUCUGGUGGCCCGUGCACCCAUGUGCUGGGGCAGCGCACAUGCUGUAUGUGUACGUGUGGGGGGCAGCAGUGCAUGGUGCUGGAGGAAGGUGGCUUGGAGCCUGGGUCUUCUAGUUAGGGCCGUGGAGGAUACUUUUGUCUGAGUGUGCAGCUGAGCACCUGUAGACUUGGAUUCCUGGCUUCUCCCCUGCCCUCCUCAUGGGCUGCAUUCUAGAAAGAGAAAGUUAAUACGGAUUUAUUAUUGAGUUUCUCUCCCUGUACAAGAACAAGGGGUCACAGCAUGAAAUGAGCAGGCCAUCCAUUUAGAAUGGACAUGAGGCAGUUCUUUUUCACCCACUGGGUCAAUUCAAGGGUGGAACUUGUUGCCACCAGAUGUGGUGCACGCUGAGAGGUCAGCCAGAUUGAUGAAGGGAUUGGACACAUUCUUGGGCGAAAGGGGAACCAGUGCAGGGGGGGAGUGCGGCCAGAAUUUCAGCAGGAGGUUCUGGAGGAGGCAGUGAAGGGGCUGCAGCCUGGUGCAUGCCAGGUGAGUUUGCACCAGCGUUUCCCUCUGCUUGAAGGGGCAGGUGUCGGGGGUGUCUGUGAACCGUUUCAGGUACAAUGGAUGCUUGCAAUGGGAGGUGGUGCCUGUAUUCCUGGAAGAGCUGGCCAUUCAUGGACACCUGGGGCAGAAUGGGCGGAGAGGUGAUAGCCAGGCCUUGACAGGGUCAGUUGAGACAGGGAGUGGGCAGGCGCUGUGGCCAAGGGGAGCUCAGGCUGCAGUGUUUCCAGCCCCCACGUUAAAAACUCCCGAGUCAUCCCUGAUUCCGUGCACUGACAAACUAGGGCUGGUUUAUUGUCCCCCAGCGCUCCCCCGUGUGUCAUGCACCCUGGGCUUGGUUAUCAAUGCACGGGCUCCUUGUCCUCACACUGAGCUGGGCCUUGCAGUGGGCUCUCCCCCACCCAAGCUCACUACUGUGCCUUAGGACCUCUCCCCACCACUGCCCACGCCAUCCCCUACAUGCUUCACCCAGACUGCUCCAGUUGCAGUUUAUCAAGGGGUGCCUAGCCCCUUCCCAGGGAGAUGCUGGAGGAAGAUUCCAGAAAGCUUGUUCAACCAUUUCCAUUGGGUGGAGAGUGCAUCAGAAGCUGUAAAACAGACCCCUGAAGCCCACUGGCAGCUCAGGGACAGAAGAGAGGUCAAGUGAUCACGCCACAUGAUCUGGGCUGGAACUAGAGAUUGCCCCUGCCAGCGCCAGCUGUGGGUAGCUCCCCGGGAGCCACUGGGCUCAAGGGUGGAGCAAGGCCUUGUCUGCACAGGAAAACUGUCUCUGCCCAACAACUGCCCACCACAGGUAGAUUUGGAUCACAUGGUGCAGCUCCCAGGGGCAUCCCUCCUCUUUGGAUGUGUGUGAGCCCUACCUUGGAGGUGCGAGGCUGACUGCCAACAGAUUUGGCAGGGAUCAGAGCAGGGAGCAGAAAGCAGAGCAGGAGCUCCAGCAGUGGAAAGGGAUUGGAGUGACACUCAGGGAAGACAUAAGGCUUAAUGUGUGGCUGUCUGCCAAAAACAUUGGCUUCCACUGGGCUCAGUGCUUUGAAAUCUGGGUCCUGUCACCAGCUGAGCACCAAGCAUCUGCCUCUUCUCUUCCCAGGAUGCUCCCACACCAGGGUACCACCCCACACAAACCAGGCUUCAAGCGCCCCAGGCAACCACAUGACUAGAACCAACUGAGCAGGCAAGGCUUGAAGAAAGAAUGAUGGAAAUCAGCCCAGACAGGAUGGCGGGGAGACUCGUAUCCAGGUGCUCCCAGUGCAGAGACUGCCAUUGCUCUCAGCCUGCUGGUAGUUUCCCCUGUGAGCCAAGGUCUCACCUUGUAGCACUGACUCUGGACACUGGCAGUCAUCACAAAGCAGGUGCCCAGGUGGAAAGGCACAGUGUAGGCCUGUUCCUCCCCCACCCCCUGGUCUCUGGACAUAGUCUACCUCAGCCCUGGGGGCAUAGCUGGUUGGGGGACCUAGCAUUCCCUGGAUGGACAUGUUUGGGGUUGUUCUGGGCCUGGCUAUCUCAAGGAUGACACCCUGUUGUGGGGAAGGAUACAGGAGUCAGCACAGAGGCCACAUGCCCACAUGCAUGCACACACAUGCUAGCCACCAGCCCAGGCUCACAGGGUGCUAUCGCAGGCGGUGAAAUGGCCACAUGAUGUCACCAGAAUCCAAGGCAGGGACUGAGCAAACUCAUGGCCUCCAAGAAGGGUCUGUGCAGGCUGCUUGAGGAGCCACACACAGAACUCCUAGGCUGAAAGCAGACAUCAAAUUCUCACAGGACCAAGUCCUUUAUGUUUGGUGUCCAUGGGUGACUCUAGCAUACCCACGCCAGCAUCCCCUGAACACUGGACAGCCACAAUUCAUAGUCACCCACUAAUCUUUGCCCACUGUGACUUGAUAUAAUUUUGAGAGCUAGGAGGCUACCUGAUUUCUAUGUGGCUGUGACCAGAUCACUAUCAUGUGUUUGCUGACCAGGUUCUUCUGCAGGGCUCCUCCACCCCUCCACCCUGCUCCCUUACCUCAUGCUGAUAAGUUAAGCUAUUGCCUUUUAGGGUUUGACUCCAGUAAGGAAACAGAAAAUAAGUAAGCACAAAACUAAACAAACAGAACAAAACAUCCAUCCUUAGAGGUUAUCGGUCCGUUCUUCCAAGUGACUCCUUUUGUUUGAAGCAUGUACCCAGUUUCAGAACCUGUUGUCCCAAUCUGAACAUUCAGCAUUCUGCGGCCUGGGCUUUUUCUCAGCCCUCAUGGUCAGCCUAAUUGAAUACCCUGGGCCUUUUCCUCACCGAGUUAAGGAGCAAUGAAAUAAAGUUUAUCCACUUAGGCAUUUGAACAAAACCAA